CCUUAACAAGUCUUAAACCCUAGAGCAAGUGAACCAACCCAAAAAAACGCGCGCUCCCGCGCCCUUUCAGUGGAAAUUCAGCCAGCAAACCUCGCCAUCUCUCAAAGCCAGUAUUUUAGAGAGAGAGAGAGAGAGUCCAUGUAAGUCUUAGAGGUCAGAGAGAGAGAGAGAGUGCAUGUAAUUGCUCGGAGGCCAUUAUACUUCUUGAAUGUAUGCAUCAAUCCAAGGCAUGGCGUUAUCUAAUCUCUCUCUACAUUAUAGGAAUUUCCUUUUCAAACCUUGUUCAAUGUCUGCUCUUUACUGCCAUCACCAUAUUUCUCGCUCUAUAUCAUCUACACCUGUUUAUAGCACUCAAGCCACGCUUCCUCUCUCUGGCUGGAUGGACAAAAUUAAAGGAGUUCUCACCGGAAAAGAGGAUCAGCCUGAAUCUCAAACUCAGACGAAAGUUUCUGCUGAAACUUUCACUCUAUUAAGUUAGGUUGAAUCUCAAAACCUCAUGGUUGCAAUAAUAGCAUUUUCUGAAAGAGAUUUUGCUGAUCAAUUAAAGAUGGCAAGAAAAGUGGGAUCUUUUAAGCAGUUUAUGGUGGGUCGUAGCAGCGAGGCGACAUUUUCUGAUGCAUUUGAGAAGCAAGAAGCCAUACUUCGGUAUCUUGGAACUCUUGAUCCUACAGGAGAGCAUCUUGAAAGCAGCCAAAAGUCUAGUGCAGCUAAGCAUUGCAACUGUACAAUAGCAGAUGUUGAGAAUACACUGUCUAAAUAUACAUGGGCCAAGGAAGCACAAAAGAAGAUCGAAAAGCUGAAGGAGGAAGGGAAACCAAUACCAACGACUAUGGGAGAGGUCCAAAAACUGAUGGGCUCCACGCCAGUGGAUAUUGCAAGAUCUAAUUUGGCAAAGAGUGGGCAAAUAAGUAGAAAUGCACUGUGCCCAUGUGGUUCCAAGAAGAGAUACAAAAGGUGCUGUGGGAGCUCGGAUGGAUUAAAGACCAAAGCUGCAGACUGAAUUCUCAACCAUAUGAAAGAAAUAAUGUAGAAAUUUAUUAAAUUAAAUUUGUCUGUUUUAAUAGUGUAGCUCAUGUGGGCACAUAUUUUGUUUUGAUGAUCUUUAAAGGGAUCCGAUUUUGAUAAGGCUUCAUUCUUAACUGUUGUAAUAGGACUGUGGCCAUCAGCACCAUCAAUUUAUUUGAGGAAACAAAUAUUCAUGCUGACCAUACACUGAUGAGAUCCAAUGGUAGAGAAGUUGUUAUUU